UCUUCAACGACUGUUUAGUGAGGGAGGGUACUGAUCCAGAAUCAGUUCAAGUGUCUGACUGUAGCUACACCCUUAAGCCUUGUGCUGCCGGAAUAUAUCCGUCCGCUUGGAAAUACAACCCAAUCCAACACUCAACAGUCCCUGCACCUCACACUUGCCCCUCCUCACUCUCUCUCUCUUUCUCUCUCUCUCUCUCUCUCUCUCUCUCUCUCUCUUCCCCUCUUCCCCUACCCUCUCCUCUCUCUUAGUAUGGGCAGUGUGUUGGCUGCCAGCUCACCGAAUCCCCCUCCAGCUGCAGGGGGCGGUGCUACAGGGGGGUCAGGGAUGGUAUCUGUGCCCCCUGGGUUCACCAUGCCUCCAGUGUCCCCACCAUCACCGUCCUCAGCCACUGGUGCUAGUGCUUCCAGCGAGACAGAGAGUUCCCUCCCCAACCCUGGAACCUUUGAGGAAUGUCAUCGCAAGUGCAAAGAGGUCUUUCCCAUGCAGAUGGAAGGAGUGAAGCUGGUGGUCAACAAGGGCCUGAGCAAUCACUUCCAGGUGAAUCAUACAAUUACUCUCAGCACCCUGGGAGAUUCUGGAUACCGGUUUGGCACCACAUAUGUGGGAUCCAAACAAACAGGACCUACUGAGUCCUUCCCAGUCAUGGUGGGAGAUAUGGACAACAAUGGCAGUCUCAACGCCCAGGUCAUUCACCAGCUCACCAGCAGAGUGCGCUCCAAAGUGGCCUUCCAGACGCAGCAGCACAAGUUUGUGAACUGGCAGUGUGACGCAGAGUACCGGGGACAGGACUUCACGGCGACUUUGACCCUCGGAAAUCCAGAUAUCCUUGUUGGAUCUGGCAUUGUCGUAGCACACUACCUCCAGUCCAUCACCCCAUCCCUGGCACUUGGAGGGGAGCUGGUCUAUCAUUGCAGACCUGGGGAGGAGGGGACAGUCACGUCCCUGGUCGGGAGAUACACAGGGAAUAAUUACAUUGCAACAUUGACUGUAGGAGGCGCUGGGGCACAUGCUUCCUACUACCACAAAGCCAACGACCAGUUGCAGGUGGGCGUGGAGUUUGAGGCCAGCACCAGGAUGCAGGACACUAGUGUAUCGUUUGGCUACCAGGUGGACCUGCCGAAAACCAACCUGCUCUUCAAAGGCUCAGUAGACAGUAACUGGGUGGUGGGAGCGACGCUGGAGAAGAAGCUGGUUCCUCUGCCCCUCUCCCUGACCCUGGGUGCCUUCCUCAACCACCGCAAGAACAAGUUCCAGUGCGGCCUUGGCGCCACCAUUGGAUAGAUGUCGGGCCGCAGACCACCGGGACAGCAGAGGCCCGCUCACCCUUAGGCUGACACCCAGCGACACCGAGGAUAUAUAAACUCUGAAAGGGAGUGACACAGCUCAGCACUGAUAGAGUGCUGUGAGAUUGUCUGAACGGCUGACACAUGGGGACGCAAAGACAAAGGGGCUCCACUGUAAGACUGUAAGGCGGUCUGCUGACCCAACUUUCAAGAAAAAAAAAAAAAA